AUGGACAUGUACUUAGGUUUUGUGGUUCUUGAGGGCCUCCUAGCCGUGGCCAUCAUCUCCACCAACCUGCUGGUGUGCGCCACCGUCUACCUGCACAAAGAACUGAGGCACGUCACUAACUGUCUGCUCUUGUGCCUGGCGCUGGCUGACCUGGGCGUGGGGGCCCUGGCCAUCCCUUUCUCCAUGGUGCUCAGCAUGGGGUACACCCUGUGCUUCUACACGUGCCUCUUCCUCACUUGUUUCCCGCUGGUCACCACCCAGUUCUCCAUCCUCCUCCUGCUGGUCAUUGCCGUUAAUGCGCACCUGAAAAUCCGGCUGCCUAACAGUUAUGCCACGCACAUGAAGAAGCGACGGGUGAUGGUCCUCGUGGCCUUCUGCUGGUUUCUGUCCCUCCUGAUAGGUCUCUCCCCAAUGAUGGGCUGGAACCGCUUCGAGCAGUACGUGGAAGCCAGAAACCGGACCGUGGCAUUCAGCUUCGCCUCCGAGAGGGCUGCCUUCGUCAUCCUCGCCCACGACCUUCCUUACACGGGCUUCCUCUCCAAGGUUUAUCCAGGCCCUCGCCAGGUCUUCAACGACAGCGGGGUCCAUCAUGGGCACAUCGGCCGCUGCUCCUUCACAUCUGUUUUCAGCCCUGAGUACCUGGUCUACUUUGUCUUUUUCACCUGCACCCUGCUGCCCCUGGCAGCCAUGCUGGGCAUCUACACUGACCUCUUCCGGGUCGUCCGUGGCCAUUUCCACCAGUCCCAAGCUCUGUGGGCAACGAAGAGGGGGGAAAUACAGACAGCCCGCACCCUCUUCCUCUUGGUAGGGGUCUUCUGCAUUUGCUGGUUGCCCUUGCAUGUCAUCUACUGCCUCCAGCUCCUGUGCCCCAGCUGCCCGACCUACCAGUCACUGGACCGCUUAGCUGUCUUGCUGUCCCACAUGAACUCCCUGGCCAACCCCCUCAUCUACGCCCUGAGGAAGAAGGACUUUGGACGGGCCCUCCACUCUGUGCUCCUCCAUCAUGUCCUGCGCUGGCCAAGGUUGCGGGCUCGCUGUUGCCCCAACUCCAAAGUCCACCCCCUGACCUGA